UCGGGCUGGGGAGGAGGGCAGGCGUACUGUCCGUCUCAGGCUGCUCCUGGGAACCGCCGCCUGCAGUGUGGAAGGUCUGGCAUCCGGUGGUCACCUGCAAAGCUGGGGGACGGAUGCAGCCCCCGUGCCCGCACAUGGCCAGGCUGUGGCUCGCAGCCUCCCGGUGAGCAGGCCUGGGUUUGUGUUGCAGGCUUUUGUGACGUUUGAGGAUGUGGCUGUGGAUUUCACGCAGAAGGAAUGGAAGCUGCUGAGCCCUGCGCAGAGGACCCUGUACAGACACGUGAUGCUGGAGAACUUCAGCCACCUGGAGUCGCUGGGAAUUCCCUGUUCUAAACCAGACCUCAUCACGUGGCUGGAGCGAGGGGAAGAGCCCUGGAGGGAAGAGAGUAGACACCGGCCAGGCCCCAGUCCAGAGCAGCCCUCCGAGGGGUUCCCUUCUCCAUGGAGAGCAGGAAGGUGGCUUUGGGACCCUGGAAGGCCGGCAGAGAGGCUUUUGUGACGUUUGAGGAUGUGGCUGUGGAUUUCACGCAGAAGGAAUGGAAGCUGCUGAGCCCUGCGCAGAGGACCCUGUACAGACACGUGAUGCUGGAGAACUUCAGCCACCUGGAGUCGCUGGCAGGAAUUCCCUGUUCUAAACCAGACCUCAUCACGUGGCUGGAGCGAGGGGAAGAGCCCUGGAGGGAAGAGAGUAGACACCGGCCAGGCCCCCGUCCAGCAGAAGCAAAGCCAGAAAUGCAUCUCUGUCCCUGCUGCCCACUGACCUCCGCUCACCACAUCCUCUUGAGGCACACGAUUCACGACCAUUCUGCUCAGAUGUCUGCAGGUGUUUGUGUAACAAAUUACCCACAGCUGAGGAAUCCUGGGCUGAAGCACCAGGAACAAGAGCAGGAAGAACUCUCUCAUCAGAGUGACCAGAGUGAUAGGGGAGCAGGUCAAGAGAGAGAAGAAAACUCCCAGACCUUGUUGAGGAGGGGGAGUCAGAUGUCUGGGAUAACUUCCAGCCCACACCCCACCCAGGCAGUAAGUCUGGGGCAAAGGAACUCAGUGGUGGAAAUAGAGGGUAGCCAAGCCCAGAGGGGAAAUCCUAAAGAAACAGCUAAAGUUUUGAAAGGAAUAGAAAAUUCAGGAUGGGAAGCGUUCAGAUGUGCAGAGUGUGGGCAACGUUUUAGCCAGAAGACACAGCUGCUUGAUCACAGAAAAGCACAUCAUGGACAGAAUCUUUUAACAUGCAGGGAGAGUGGACAGGACUUUACUGAUGAGUCAGCUCUCUUCUUGCACCUGAAGAUGCACCCAGGAGAGAUUCCAUAUAUGUGCAGGGAGGGUGGGCCAGACUUCAGCAGUAAGUCAAACCUCAUAACAUACCAGAGGACACACUCUGGGGAGAAGCCUUUUGUGUGCAAGGAGUGUGGGAAAGGCUUUACCGUGAAAUCAGCUUUGAUCUCCCACCAGCAGACACACUCAGGGCAGAAGCCUUUUGUGUGCAAUGAGUGUGGGAAAGGCUUUACUCAUAAAUCAAACCUGAUGUGCCACCAGAGGACUCACUCAGGGGAGAAGCCUUUUGUGUGCAAUGAGUGUGGCAAACGCUAUUCCCAUAAAAAACACCUGACCCGCCACCAGUAUAAACACUCAGGGGAGAAGCCUUUUGUGUGCAAGGAGUGUGGGAGAGGCUUUACCCAAAAAUCAAGCCUAGUCGCCCACCAGUGGUUACACUCAGGGGAGAAGCCUUUUGUGUGCAAUGAGUGUGGGAAAGGCUUUACUCAUAAAUCAAACCUGAUGCGCCACCAGAGGACUCACUCAGGGGAGAAGCCUUUUGUGUGCCAGGAGUGUGGGAAACGCUUUAUUUGUAGAUCAACCCUUUUGUACCACCAGAAGGCUCAUCACUCAGGGGAGAAGCGUUUUGUGUGCCAGGAGUGUGGGAAAGGCUUUAUGUGUAGAUCAAUCCUUAUGUACCACCAGAAGACUCACUCAGGGGAGAAGCCUUUUGUGUGUAAGGAGUGUGGGAAGGGCUUUAUCCAUGAAUCAGACCUGAUGUACCACCAGAGGACACACUCGGGGGAGAAGCCUUUUGUGUGCAAGGAGUGUGGGAAAGGCUUUAUCCGUAAAUCAACCCUGAAGCACCACCACAGGACUCACUCAGGGGAAAAGCCCUUUGUGUGCCAGGAAUGUGGGAAAGGCUUUAUCUAUAAAUCAAUCCUGAUGGAGCACCAGAGGAUUCACUCAGGGGAGAAGGCUUUUGUGUGCACAGAGUGUGGGAAAGGCUUUAUCCAUAAAUCAAACCUGAUGAACCACCGGAGGACUCACUCUGGGGAGAAGCCUUUUGUGUGCGAGGAGUGUGGGAAAGGAUUUUUCCGAAAAUCAGACCUCAUAAGCCAUUUUAGUACACACUCAGGGGAGAAGCCUUUUGUGUGUAAGACGUGUGGGCAUGCCUGUAACCGAAAAUUAGGCCUGAUCUCCCAUGAGAGGACACACUCAGGAGAGAAACCUUUUGUGUGCAAAGAGUGUGGGCAAGGCUUUACCCAUAAAUCAUCCCUGUACUCCCACCAGCGUACACAUUCAGGAGAGAAGCCAUUUGUGUGCAGGUAUUGUGGGCAGAGUUUCAAGUGGAAGCGCAGUCUCGUAAACCAUGAGAAUAAACACUUGGGGGUGAAGCCUUUUGUGUGCAGGUACUGUGGGCGAAAUUUCAGCAUGAAGCCAUAUCUCCUACGUCAUCUGAAGACACACUCAGGGGAGAAGCCUUUUGUUUGCAAGGAGUGUGGAGAAGCCUUUACCCGAAAAAGAUCCCUUAUCGCCCACCAGUGGAGACACUCGGGAAAGAAGCCAUUUCUGUGCAAGCACUGUGGGAAAGGCUUUGCCCACGAAUCAUCCCUGACAACCCACGAGUGGAAACACUCGGGGGAGAAGCCUUUUGUGUGCAAGGAGUGUGGGAAAGGCUUUCUCCACAAAUCAUCUCUUGCAUACCACCUGAGGAGACACUUGGGGGAAAAGCCUUUUUUUGAGUGCAGGGAAUGUGGGAAAGCCUUUCUCCACAAAUCAUCUCUUACCUACCACCUGAGGGGACACUUGGGGGAGAAGGCUUUUGUGUGCAACGAGUGUGGGAAAGGCUUUCUCCACAAAUCAUCUCUUACCUACCACCUGAAGGGACACUCCGGGGAGAAGCCUUUUGUGUGCAACGAGUGUGGGAAAGGCUUUCUCCACAAAUCAUCUCUUACCUACCACCUGAGGAGACACUCGGGGGAGAAGCCUUUUGUGUGCAAAGAGUGUGGGAAACGCUUUCUCCAGAGAUCAUCUCUAACCUCCCACCUGAGGAGACACACGGGGGAGAAGCCUUUUGUGUGCAAAGAGUGUGGGAAAGGCUUACUCCACAAAUCAUCUCUUACCUACCACCUGAGGACCCACUCGGGAGGAGCCUUUUGAGUGCAGGGAGUGUGGUGUAGGUUUUAUCCACAAGGAAACCCUCAUCUACCACCAGCGGAAACCCUCAGGGGAGAAACCUUUUGUGUGUAGUCAUUGUGGGCGAGGUUUUCAGAGUAAGUCUAAUCUCCAGAGACAUCAGAAGGUACACUCAGGGGAGAAGCCUUUUGUAUGAAGGGAGUGUGGCCAAGUCCCCAGUGCACACAUGGAGGAAAGGGCCAGUGUGUGGUGCAUGGAGAGGAACGUGAGCCAUAAUCACACGUGUGGGUGUCAGAGGUUCCAUUCAGCAGGAAAGCACUUGUGUGCAGCGUGUGGCCAAAGCAUUAGUUGAUGGCUGACCGUCCGCACCUCAGGGUCUGCCUAUGGUGGUCAGCCGUUCCCAUCCAGUAACUGCUGCUUUGCAAAGCUACAGCUGAGCCCGUGACCCCGCUCGCAGAUGCAUCAUGCAGGCCGAGGGGAUCCGCAGGGCUACCGAGACGUGAACUUGGAGAUGCUCCCCAUCCAUGAAAAUUAAGUCUCUGUGGUUCUGGUUAUUUAAGGCAGAUUCUGACACAAAGUGUCCAGGUUUUGGAGAUGGCUGGUAAUUACAGGUAUGCUUUGGUUAGGUAACUAUAUUCCUAUUAUGUUAAUGUGUGUGCACAAUUUAAUUAGUCGUUUAAAACCUAUCCAUGCUGAAGUUACUCUACA